UUUGAUCAAACCACAGAUAAUAUAAAGUGUCAGUCAAAUUUUUGGAUUGUUAGUCGACGUCAGAAGUGAUCAUGUUGUUGACAGAAGUUGGAUGUUUCUUUCUGGGUUCCAUUCUGUGUGUCUCUGGGCUUCAGGCACAACAAACCAACAUCUGUGCUUUAAAAGGUUCUUCAGUUCAUCUGAACUGUUCAAAUACAAAUCUCACUUCAAUAAAGAACUGGUACACUGUACAAAGGAGAGGAAACAUGUCUGUUCGGUCUAAUUUAUCUGCAGAUGAACCUCGUGUGACGUACAAGUCACAGCAAAGUUUCCCCACAUUGACAAUCAAUGAUCUGAGAGACACUGAUAGAAACUCUUACUGCUGCAGCAGCGUUACUGAGACGCCAUGGGACUGUUGGAAACAUGCCGUUCAUCUCACCGUAUUCGACCUUCAGGUGAAGGUGGUUCCUUCCACUGAGGGACAGACAGUCUCUCUGAUGUGCAGCAGCAGCUGUCUUCUGACUGAAAACCCUGCAGCCUACAUCUGGUACAAGAACGGAGACUUUCUCUAUGAGGACUGGUCUCCCUGGUACCAAGAGCUGGUCAGCAGUGACUCAGCAGUCUCAUACUCCUGUGCUAUCAGAGGCUACCAGGACCUCAGAGCCCCUCCAGUCUCAGUGGACUCUGUAACACACACCUGCUUCACUGUGACCUAUGCUAAAGGCAGAAUGUGUUCUUCUGAGCAGACGUCAGCAGAUGAGUCCUGCUCCAUCACAUAUCCCACAGAAUUAUAUGUACAAAGGACUCCAGUCCCUCCAAAGGUGUUCAAACUGACCUGUAAAACCAACUGUCCCCUGACUGAUGCUGUGACUUCACUUCAAUCUUACCACCUAAACCGUUAUGAUGGAAAUGAUACACAGGUGAUGGUUGGGAUUCCUUCAACAGAUAGAAUCUUCUGUACUGUGAAAGACCACGAGGACCUGAACUCUGCUCAUGUCUGUGUUAGUGAUCUGAGCUGUUGGAGAGUUGUUUAUGCCAGCAGGAGAAUCUGUGCUCUGAAAGGAUCCUCAGUCAACAUCUCAUGUCAAUAUUAUUAUUCUAAAUCCUUCGAGCCAAAGUCCAAUAAUUGGUAUCAAACAAAGAGAGAAAUGAAGGUGCUGACAGAGGAUGGAGGUAAAGUGCAGUUUGAUGGCAGCAAGAAGAACCAACACAUCCUCACAUUGAGAAAUGUUCAGAAGAAUGACUCAGCAGAAUACAGGUUCAAUGUCAGAGAGUUUGAUGGAUAUAUAAACCUAUUUGGCUCUCCUGGAGUGACUUUGAUCGUAACAGAUCUGGACGUGAAGGUGACUCCUUCUCCAGAGGUCACAGAAGGUCAGAGAGUCACUCUGACCUGCAGCACCAGCUGUCCUCUGACUCACAACUCAAACUACAUGUGGUUCUUCAACAGUGAACCUCUGAACUUAAACAACAAACACCUGAUUCUAGAAGCAUUCAGCCAUCAGCAUGCAGGAAGCUACUCCUGUGCUGUCAGAACCGGCUCAAACAUCUCAGACACAUCAGCUGUGAAGACUCUUAAAGUCCAAAGUGUGACAAUAAUGUGGGAAGUGGUCGCUGCAGGAGUCUCUGCUGUUCUGCUGCUCUUCAUCCUCCUCUCUGUGAUCGUGUGUGUGAGAGCAAAGAGGACUUCUACUCAGUCCCCUGGAAAUGAAGCCUCAAGCAGCUUGCAGCAGAGUGCCGACGUCUCAGCUGGAGGAGCAGUUCAGGAGCUUCACUACAGCAGCGUCCACUUCUCCAAGAAGACAGGUCCUCUCUCCUCUUUGGUUCAGCCACAUCAGCCCCGAGAGCCAGAGGGAGACCACUAUGCCGCCAUCAAUUUCAGAGCCAACUCACGUCCAGAGUGAACAUGGCGCCGUCUCACAGCUCACUCACAUCGUGCUGCAGAUCGAGCUGGUUCCACCACAGUCCAGCUCAAAGUGACACCGACUGAUCGCUUCGUUUGAAACACAGUUUGAUGAUCUAAAUUGCAUGUUUCCAUGUUCAUUCAUACAUGGGUGAUAUUUAGUGGCAUGAAUAUCUGGCAUUCGAGACAAUGCUGUUUCCAAGCAGUUAAAAAUAUCCAUUUCAGUGAAAAACAUGUUUAAUGCAAAGCCAUACAUGAAAGUUUCAGGCUGCCGAUAAUAGCCUGAAUCACCCUGAGUUCUUUUUACUGUGAUUUUAUAACCAAUAAUUUAUUUUUAAUUGCCAUAUUAUUUUCUUUGAUGCCUUAGUAAUAGUUAAUACUUAUUGGCAUUAGCACCAAUUUCCUUUUUUGUUUUGUUGCAUUUUUAUUUCUUGUACUACAUCAUAUUUCUGCAUUAAAAUGUA